UAUGCACGCGCCCCGCGCCGCAGACUCUUCUCAUGCCCGCAUAGCGUGCGUGACGAUGUGAUAAUGUUGACGAAUUCUGGUUGAUCCUACCAGUAAUAUACGCUUGUCUCAAAGGUUAAGCCAUGCAUGUCUAAGUACAAACAGUUUUAAUGUGAAACCGCAUAAGGCUCAGUAUAACAGCUAUAAUUUACAAGAUCAUUUACCUAGUUACUUGGAUAACUGUGGAAAAUCUAGAGCUAAUACAUGCAAAAUGCAGGGACCUCGCGGAACCUGUGCAAUUAUUAGUCAAACCAAUCGUCCUCCUCCUGGGGCAGCGAAUGACCGAAAGGUUAAAGCUGCCGGAAAUAAAGUAAUUAACAACAACAACAACAAUCGUCCUCCGUGACGCUUGAGUUGAAAUCUGGAUUAUUUUGUUGAUCGCAUGGUCUCGCACUGGCGACAGAUCUUUCAAACAUCUGCCCUAUCAACUAUUGAUGGUACACAGCAAAAAAAGUAGUAAAAUGCCUGCAUGUAAAAAGGGGUUGUGUAAUUAUUUUUGUGUAAUAUUAAGCAAUUAGCAUUGAACCCCUCUUCCAAAUUUGCCUAACACCAUUUAUACCCAAAAUGUGUAAUAUUCAACACAUUUCUGUUCAAUAUUACAUUACCGUGUUGUUUGCGAACCAGCUGUCAAAAUGUCAAAACAGUCAAGAGUGCAAAAGAUUUUGAUGAAAAUUUCGAAGUGAGAAUUUGCUUAAUCAGUGGAAAAACGUCGCUAAGGAUGGGUUUUAUCUUCAGCAGCAAUCGCGGGAGGCUUUGUUGGAAGCAAUUUGCGUUUUUUCGUGUAAAAAAAUGUUUGACUUUUGUAAAAAAUGUGAAAAACAAGCCAGCCGAGAGGCUGUCCAAGCCGGAUAGCUGCCACGCCGGUUCGACCGAAGAUCUCGUAGUUCCGAAACGCGUGGGACCAGCGGCCAAGGGCAAUGUGGCGAAGGCAGUGACUCCGCGAAUGUUUUGGAAGUUGUUGCCACCCGAUCCCACCGAAAAGUUUUCACCGUCGCGGGAAAUUACCCCCUCAAGCUUAAAGCUACGGAUCCACAACCGUCUCUACGAAAACCUGCAACUGUUGCCGCCAACAACGGACGUGGUUGGGAGCCGGCUGAAAGCGGCACUGGUUUGCAGGAUGUUUGGCCGCUGCUCCGAAGGUCAAAGGACGAACGGCGACAUCUAAGUGGGAGGUAGAGAAGAAGUUGAAACCGGAAGUGGCGACGCAGGCCAAAUGUUGCCACUGAAAGGCAAAGGCUGAGGAGAUCUGAAAGAGGAGGUGGCCUGCUAAUUAGCAGCAGCAAGCAGCCAACGCGUCGCCCAAGAAGGUUCUCCAAAGGAUCAGUCAUCUAACGGUAGCUUCCGAAUCUUGGGACCAGCCGCCGGUUAACAUUCGAAUUCAACGGACAGUUUAGGGAAGAUUUCCAGUCAUUCAAAAGCGGCAUUGCACAUUGCCCCAAGCCCCUGAGUCCGAAGCCGAAGCAACCAUUUCAAGGGCGCCAAGGAGCCAGACUCACCCGGACAUGCCGAGCCGGAACCGUCGGUGAAAGCGACGCCGAUUCGACGCCGUCGCCAUCGCUCCGCAGCCAGCGGGACGGCGUAAACAGGGUACGUAAACGUAAACGUAUUUCAAAAAUUCCCUAAUUUUAAAUUCUAAAAUUCUAGGGUUUUUAAGUUCUAUAACUUUAAAAUUCUUAAUUUCUGAAAUUCUCAACUUCUAAACUUUUAAAUUCUGACAUUCUUAAAUAAUC